ACAUGCUGAACUACUCAAGAAUUUAUCGAUUAUCGGAGGGUCGAUCGAUAAGUUGACAAUUAGUUUUCACCGUUUCCUGAUAGACAGCGUUAGUGUUUCUUCGUUUAAAAGCGAAAUUUGUCAAAGAAUUAUUUCAAUAAUUUUCCAAUCUUUUGCUAAGACUCCUCGAGAACAAAGGCAUGUCCAGUCUUUUUUGUAUUUGUAAUUACGGUUUUGUGUUUUUCCGGCUGCAGCGCAUAUCGCCAGAUGACACUAACGAUAUCGGUUUCAUGGUCAGGAAAUAAUUAUGCAAAAGGAAACUAAACGGAUGAUGUACGGUUCCCCUUCCCCUUUACCAUCAACGAACUGCAGGCAGGGUACUACGAUCAGUCGGUUGGCGCGACGGUUUAGUCUGUGUUGAUCGUUUGCACGGUGUAGGUCGUGUGCGUCUGUUCGUUGCUGAAGCAUAUAACCGGCGGCUUCCUAGCAAUUGCUUAUCGAGAACGAGAGUCGUCGAUUGACGUUUCUUGUGUGUGAGAAACUCGUUGGAGUCUGCGCGAACGGGGCGGACGAAUCGCGUUGCGUGUACGCGAGCCCGCUGAACUCUCACGUGUGCAUUUGAAUUUUCGAAAAGAGCAAGUGCCGGGUGGUGCAGGUGUGUUGUUCAGUGCAAAAGGUGGUGCUCGGGCCUGUUCGGUGCAUUCUCGUCUUCGAAAACGUUGGCAGAGCCAGCGGAAUGUGGCACGAGGUGAGUUAGCAGCCCGCCCGGUUUCGCCGAGACCAGGGACGGAUCUGAGUGGACCCUUUUAUAUCUCUUACGUUUUGCGACUUACUCUAACUCUCCAUCUUGCUAGAAAAUUUGACGUAAUGAUUUCUGAAUAAAAUAAUUUGAGCAGUUAUUGGAUUGUUCGAGAAAGAUGUUUGGUAGUCAUGGUGUAGCUACUGCAACGACAUUUCGUUUUAGGAGAGUUAGCUGUAAUGAUAUAAUUAUAAUUAUCCGUGUGACAUGAGAGUGAAUUGAAACGAAGAAACUAUUUUAUUACUCUUGUAAUGUUUUUCGACGAUACAGGUUUUUCAAACGAGUAAUCGUUAUAGAGAUCACGUGAUCACGUGAACAUAUCGAUAGUUAACAUUCCUGUUUAUCGAAUUUAUAACCUAAAUGUCAGUGCGUUUAUUAUUCACUUGUGCAGUUUAAUAUCUGUAGUGCCUAGCUUUUAGACAAGUUUUAUUUGAAAGGUAACGUAACGAUUUCAUUCGUGGAGAUACGAUCGAUAAAUACGUUACGCGCCAACUGUUUGGUGAAAAAGUUUGAAAGAUAGUAUACGUUUGAACGAUACAUUGUCGUUUCCAACAGCGAUAUAAUGGAAGUGUAGUACAUGUGAUGCGAGGGAGCAUCUCGGAAGCCAUGCCGGCUGACGAGUUAGCUGGAAAUCGACAGAGAAGCAGACCAAGGCUGCAACCGCCUUAACGAACCGCUAUUCUCAUUGGCAAGGUCAUCGAGCGAACCGGAUCUAAUCAGAAUGUUUCCUGCGCUUCUUCUUUUCUCGCGAUUUUCCUCGAGCAACGUGACCGGUGAACAGGUCCUGUUUAAUUCAGCAGUGACCACCUGCUGAAGCGAAUUGCAGCGAAUUGCAGCGAAUGGGUCCCAAUGCUUUGACAAAAAGCAUUGACAAAAAAGGAGAUUCAAUUGUUGAUCUUGUUGCUACCCCAUGGUAUUUCCUCUGGAAUUUGAAAGCAAACGGUGCUAUAGAAACUUGAAGGAAGCAUCUAGACACUGGCUGGUAAUUAUCCGCGUACCGAUAUGCCACUUCCUACCCGAUCACUCUGAUGAGAGUGGUCGUCGUGUUUUUGCUAAGCACAAGGUGCUAUUCAACGGGACGGAAGUUGUAGACCUGUUGGGAAGAAGAUAUGGUACUUUUCGAUGCAGUUGCCUAUCUAUGAUCAGAAUCCAGUUUAAUCAUGCCUGGGUCGAUGAUGUUUAUUAUGUUCAAGCUGCCUCGAAGAGAAUUACAGUUAAAAACCUCGCAGCCAGUGUAAGUAGAAAGAGGAGGUGGUGGCUAUGUAGGCUACCGGACGAGCGGCGUCGCCAUGGUGGAGCUGGCGUGCAGCAACUCCCUAAGCCCAGGAACGUGAUCCUACCGCUAAGACGUUCCUCGAAAUCAGGUGGACCAGCUGAUGACAAAUCAUUGUGAGCUAGCAAUUUUAGUGAGGAAAGGAAAGAAGGAGGCCAUGUAGAGGAGAAGGAAGAAGCCCAGUCUUCCUCCCGGCAACCCAUCGUCGAGUAAUGCUGAAGCAUAUCCUGACGGGGCAACCGUCGUCAGCGGGCUCCAGGCAUCACCACAAUGAAUAUCAGGCGAGCUCGGGCUCGUUGCACGGCGGACACCACCAUCACCACCAUCAUCAACAGGACCAGCAGCACCAGCAUCAUCACUACAACCAAAGCAGCAACGUGCGCCCAUCGGGGAACGGUGGACGCGGCGUCGAUGUAUACGACUCGGUGGUUCAUCCGUCGUCGCAACAGAGGGCUAACGUCCAUCAGGCCGCGACGACACCCUCGUCGACGCACAGGCAUCCCCUCAAUCAUUCUCAGCUGAGCGUAAACAAUCUCUCCCAACGGUUGAACCAUUCGCACGCUCUCAACCUGUCCACGUUGUCCACGUCGAAACACUCGGUGAACAGCGUCAGUCCUGUGGCUGGUGGAAACAACAACAACAACAACAACAACAACAAUAACAACAACAACCACUUGUCGAACGCUUUAGGACAUACGGUAGUGCCUGCUGCACCGGUGCACCAGGACAACAGACCCAAGGUGAACGGUGGCUUCGAUAUCUCUAGACUGUCCAGGCUACCCAGCCAAACGACACCCUCGCCAGCUCCUGUUCUUCAAGCCACAGUCCUGGGUGGACAGUUGACCGGAGGAGGUGGUUCCAUCGCGUUACCCUUGAACGCCUCUUGGUCCUCGUCCUUGUCCAGAAAUCACAAGGACCACGAGGCUGGUGCGAAAGAGACCCUCACUAGCCUUGGUUUGCUGUGUCUAGUGUCCCUCUUACUGGCGUUACUCUCGUUGAUCUUUCUGCUAAAGAUCUCCCCGUUAACGGUCACGCCGAGUAGUCUGAUCAGCCCGGAAGAGUACACGAUCGUAUACGAGGUGACUUUGGCGCUGUGCGCCCUAGCUCUAUCUCUCAACUUGUGCUGUCUCCUCGUCUGCGCUAUACAGUUCCUCUUCACCGUGAAGCUCGUCAAGACUUCGUACCAGGGACACUGGAGUAACAAGUACCUGCAAAAAUCGUCCAUCAGCCGUAUAUGCGCUGUCGGAGGCUUUUUCAUUAGCAUUCCCGUCUUUCUAACUGGCAUGAUAUUGUACACGUUCAUCCAGUUCCACUCAACACCGGCUAUCGUCACGUCGGUUUUCAUAGGCCUCGGCAUCGUGUUUUGUGGAUGCGCAAUGGUCCACAACGUCUUCGUGUGGCAGAGGGAGAAGACGAACGCCGUGAAGGCGCUAGCGCGCGAACAGUGCGAGGCUGCGGUGCAGCUCCAGCGGCAGCAGCAGCUGCAACACCAUCAGAAUCAACCGCAGCUGCAUCACCAACAGCAGCAGCAGCAACAACAACAACAACAACAACAACAACAACAACAACAACAGCAGCAGCAGCAGCAGCAGCAGCAGCAACAACAACAACAACAGCUUCGAACACCGUUGACGAUGCACCACCCUGGUUGCGCGACCAAGGUGGGCUCUCUGGCCAGUCAACCGAACGCCAGCCAUACGACGCACGGCAGAGCGGCUCAAUAUCAGCAUUAUCAUCACCAUCAUCAUCAUCGACACGUGUCGUCGAUGUCUCCGCCUUUGUUGAUCUCAUCGCCAGCUCCAAUGACAGCGUCACACAAUCAUCUGAACGUCAGCAGUCAUAGGAACGUGAUUACACCGCCUGAUACACCGGGAGACAGGUCGCCACCGAGUCCUGGGAACAAGCUAAACAGGUCGCAGCAUCUGCCACGAGAAGCCAGCGGUAGCGUUAGUCCUGGAUUACCAGCGGCCACAUUGGAUCUCAGCAGCGCUGCGACCACCAAUAGCCCUCAUGAACUGUCUACGUUGGUCUAGCUUGGUGCUGUCCACGAGAGACUUUAGGAUACUUUUAUAAAGUACAGUUCUCUCUCUUUCUUUCUCCACUCUUAUAGACAGGCAUCAGCAGGUAAUACAACGCAGAGCUGGCGAGUUGGCGCACGGUAAGAAUGCGACUCUGAUUGGUUAUACCAUAAUGGGUAAUAAUGGAUAAAGUGUCUUUCAAAAGCAUCAAAGGUGAGGACAAGUGGUGUCCCCUGUGCUAUCCCUCGGGCCAACUUUCUAGCUCUGCAAUGUAGUAAAGAGGGCACAGACCCUGGUUGGUACAGCGGUGGGUACUCCCUACUUUCAGUUUCUUGAGGUCGCACAGCCGAGUUAUAUCCGAACCCUGUUAUCCCAUCCUUAGACCUAGUUUAUACUGGUAGAGUAAACGGCCAAGUAGUAGAGUUACUACUUUACCAUAAUGAAAUCCUGACAGUAGUAUUACCACUUACUCUACACCUGUAAAAUAGGUCUUACAAUCCUAUCCAAAACUAUUAUACUUAGCAGAGUAGCCCAGAAACAAUUACAUGUUCGUCUCUGCCACAGACUCUACGAGAUAAUUGUAUAAGUGCUCCAUGAAUCCAUCAGUGUGCAUUGUGUUAAGUAUACCAAAGGAAGAGCCAAGCCUUCAUGAAUUCGUGAACAGCACUAAUUCUAGCUCUGUGCUGUCUUUAGGAAACCCUUUAGGAAACUUCAAGGAGUCAGGCAGUCUCCCACUCGGUGCUCGCAUGCACAGAUUCCACCAGAGGAAAAUCGAAUGUGUAUAUUGUAUAUGUUUGUAGAAGAUUAAGUGGGGAGAGCCGUAUGGUUGCAGAAUGGUUCACCUGUGUUACGGGAACCGAACGAAGAUGGGAGUAGUAGUGGGGACCAAAGUGUGUAAGGAACCCCUCUCGUGGACAGCAUUCGAGGUCUUUGCUCGAACAUCCAAGGUGUGUAAAUGAUAAGUUAUUUAGUUUACAUUUGCUCGUCAACUGACACUGACCAGAGACGAAAAGCAAUUCGAUUCCUGAAAGAUGUUCCAGGAACAUCGUGACAAAGAAGCGACUAAUUUAUACCCGCGUGUUAUCUUGCCAUUUACAUCUUAUGAUUAUUAUUUUUUUAUCAACAUCAUUAUUAAUAUUAUCACGACAAUAUUAUUAUUAUUAAUCAUGCGAAACCUCUAGUCCUUAGAUUACUUUCGUUCUUACGGAAGAAUAAGAUUUCUGGAUUUUGACUAUCGCGCCGCGGCUAUGCGAUUACAAGUUCUCCUCAUCUUAACAAGUUCAUAUAGUUCAAAUCUCAAAUUAUAAACGGUAUAGUUGCAAAUUUACAAAUUAAUCAAAAAUGUUAUUCGUUGAAAUUAAUACGAAUCCAACAUUGAAACUUUUUUUCUUUUCACUUAAUAAAAAGAACUAUUGUAAUUUCAGAUUUGAACUUUGAUCAGAUUCUCAAUUUUACUAUUUAAUAUUUAAGCGUCGAUACUUAACGUCUUUGUUCCUUUUCUUUCCCCGCAGAACUAUAAGGUUUAAUUAUGUCAUAACAAAUAGUUGAUGUUAUCGAACUGGUGACUGACACGAAUUUAGAAUUAAACGUUUAGGAUUAUAUUUAAACGAGUAAUCGUGUGUAACGUAACAAAAGUAUCGACGAUAAAAGUAUUUUCUUUAUGGUGUACACGUAGAAGACGACCAAUUUUUCUUUUUGUUUUAUAAAACAAAUUUUUUUUUUAUUUUUUUUUAUUUUUUUUUUUUU